ACCUGCGCCAGUUUUGUCGUGAAUUUUCAAUUGCGCGGAUUGCAUUUGCAAGUUCUUAUUAGAUUAUUUUUUUGGUCUUUAAAAUUUAAUGUUAAAAAUUACGUUAAAAUAAAUAUAUGUAAAUAUAAUAUUGUUUAGCAACGCAUUAAUCAUUCGACCGUUUAAAAUUGUGUAAAUAAAAACAUAAAAGAGGUUUCGUGUAAAUUAUUGUGUAUUUUUAAUACCGGCGUUCGCGUCCAUUUUUUUUGAUAAAGCAAAAUAAUUUUCUACUAUCAUUUUACAAGUGUGUUAAUAAAAAAACAAUUAAAUAGAAAAAAAGUAAAUAAAGCACCAGUUAUUAAUUGAUAACAAGUGAUUAGUAAAAUUAAUAAAAAUGAAGUUCUUUGUUAAUUAAUUUAAAAGUGGAAAUACAUACAAAGUUAAAAAGUGCUAAAUUUAGCAAAUAGAUUACAAAAAAGAACAAAAUAAUUGCUUUUUAAUAACAAUAACAAUCUACCAACCAAACCACCCUUUUAAUACGUUUCACCUACAACAACAAAAACACCUGACUGUUGUUGUUAUUUUGAAGUCAUCAUGUUUAAAGACUUGACGCCAAUUUGGUGCCUUCUUUUAAUAGGAUGCAAGGUCAUGCAUGCGGCCAGUGUUGGCAAUGAAAAUCCUUUGAUUCUAUCCACCAAUGAAUGCUCCAUUACAGAGCCAGUCUAUGGUCAUAAAUUCGAUUUUAGUGCCUUACAUUCAGAUUUUGCACAUCUUACACGAAGUGAUUUGGGUGAUACAUUUGAAUUUAAUAUAUGCGGUAAUAUAACACGUAAAUGUAAUAAUCGCUCUGAUGUUGCUGCUUGUCUCAAAAGAUCCGAUGAUAAAGAAUAUAUAUUGGGUACUCAACAUCAAUUAAACUAUCAUAAUGGCAAAAUGUACUUUAGUUUUUCCAAUGGCGAAAAAUGUUCCAGUUCUAAUAAAAAAGAUGAAACCUAUCAAUUGCAUGUAUUUUUAGGUUGUGAUUAUACAUUGGAUAAAAAUCAAUCACGCGUAACAUCAUAUGCUCCUGAUGCUUGUUCUUUUUACAUAACCUUUGAAACGCCAUUGGCCUGUUUACCAGAACCGGACAGCGUUAAAGGUAAUAUUUGCAAUGUGCACGAUAGCAGUACAGGUCAUACAUUCGACCUAAUGCCACUAAGUGAUAAUAAUUACAGAACAAUUGACCGCCAAGGAAAUGUUUUUGUAAUUAACAUUUGCAAACCAGUAUUGUAUGGAGAAAAUGCUAUGUGUCCGGCUGAUAGCAGUGUUUGCUUUUUGAAACUUAAUGAAACUGACUAUAAAAAGAAAUUUAUUAACUAUGGUACAGUUCAACCUAAACCUGUCCUUGAAAAUGGACAUUUAAUAAUGCGACACAUUUCACCAUCACCCUGCAAUACAACAACAAAUUAUUCAUCAACCAUUUAUUUCUAUUGUGAUAAAGAAGUAAAGAAUGCCCAUCCGGAAUUAAUGGGUCUACAUGGCUGUUCAUAUGAAUUUUCAUUUCUUACUCCGUUGGCCUGUAAUGAUUUUCCACCUUGUACUGUUAUAACACAUGAUAACGAAAUAAUUAAUAUGAGUUCGUUAAUGGAUAAACCAUUUAAAUUGCAGCAGGAUAAUCAAAAUUAUAUAUUCUCUGUAUGUUCAUCGGCCGGUAGCCCUUGUAUGGAAAAUGAUGGGGCUUGUCUAUUUAACAAUCAAUCGAAUGGUCUGGGUAUGUUCAAUACAAAUUUACGUAUCAAUCAAACUGGCGCACCAUAUUUAUUGUACGAAAAUGGCGUCAUUUGCACUGACAAAGAAAAUACGAAAUGGUCAACAAAAAUUGAAUUUGUUUGUGCCAACAAAACUAGUAACAGUAUGGGUCCAAAAAUAAUUGAAAAUUCUCAUUGUCAGCUUUUAAUACACUAUGAAACUGAUUUGGCCUGCCAAGAACAAAUCGAUUGCAAAGCCAAAGUCUACGUAGAACACUCUGAAGAUGUGGCCGAUAUGGAGUUAAUCGAUUUAACACCACUAAUAAAUACAGUCGAUAACUAUGAAGCUGAAAUAGAUUCAACUAUAAUUACUGCACAACAAGUGACCAAAUCGACUAAGUUUUUCCUAAAUGUCUGCCGACCAUUAGUGCCUAAAAAUGGUUUAGGUUGUAAAGGUGGUACUGCCGUAUGUAUGGGUAAAAUUGAUAGUAACACCGGUAAGCUGGAAGAAGAACAGAGUCUUGGUUUUCCUUUGGCAUCAUUAGUAGCUGUUAAUCGUACAAAUGCCCAAUUGCGGUAUUUAAUGGGUGACAUCUGUCCCGAAGAUAAAAACUUGCUAUUAUCAUCAAGAAUUGAAUUUUAUUGUAAUAUGCGUGCUGGACGGGGUACACCAAAAUUGCGUAAAUACGCUGACUGUCAUUAUGAAUUCACAUGGGCAACGAAUGUUAUUUGUCCACCGCAUAUGUGUGAUUUCGAAGAGAAAACAUGUGAAAUUAAAAAUUCUGAACUGGGUGUCAGCUAUAAUUUAAAGAAGGCAACCUUUGGACAUGAGGGUAAAAUUAAGAUUUCUAAGGAUAACAAAGAAUUUACUUUAGAUUUUUGUGAUGAAAAAAAUGUUCAUAAGGCUGUUACUGAUUAUAGUCAAGGUUUGGUGAAUCUAUUUUUCAUGACUAAUGGUUCCUGCAAUUCAAAUGGUCUUAUCAACGUACAAAUGCGUUUAAUUUGUAGCAGCUCUACCGAAGAACCUUUAACAUCCUUUAGUGGGUGCAAUCUCCUGUAUAUACAAAAAACACCUGAAAUUUGUGAAUUUUUGGGUUUAGUAAAAUAUACAGCAACAACUACAACUACAGAACCCUCUACCAGCCAAACAACAGAAUCCAAUAAAAAACCCAAUACAAAUGGUGAUGAUGGUAAUAAACAUCCUGCUGAAAGAACAGGAUCUAUAGGAACAAUAUUGGCCACAAUAUUAUCGGUAACAUUCUUUGUGGCCUGUCUGGGAAUGUUUGCAUUUUCGCCAGAACGUCGUAAUAGUUUAAGACGUUUAUUUAACAGAACUGGUAUGACGGCAAUAUACAGAAGAGUACCCAAUAGUGAAGAAGGCAAUUUAUUACUUAAUCCAAAUGGUGAAUUUACAGAGUCAGACGAUGAAGAUAUGCUACUUUAAAACUUAAGUAAACAUUUUGCCAAAAUAAACCAACCAGUAACUAAAGUAUGAAAUAUGAUCUUUUGCUGUUUAUCUGCCUCUCUAUAUAAAAAUGAAAGAACUCUAGCAAAAAGGAAUUAUAAAUAUAAAAAUAAUGUUCUAAAUAUUUUUGUAAUAAAUUUUACUAAAUGCUAAGCUUAAAACUAUAAAAAUUAUA